AUGAUGGAUAAUUUUUCGGUUAUCACUGUGUUUACUCUGUCAGGGCUGAGUGGGAUAGAAAAGUACAAAAUCUCUUUGUUUUUUGUAACAUUAUUGUUUUACUGUGUGAUCUGGCUGGUAAAUGUAGCUGUUAUUGUGACAAUUGUUGUGGAUAAGAGCCUUCAUGAACCCAUGUAUAUUUUCCUGUGUAAUCUGUGCAUUAAUGGACUUUAUGGCACAGCAGGAUUUUACCCCAAAUUCCUCAUGGAUCUCCUGUCUACUACUCAUGUUAUUUCUUAUGCUGGAUGUCUUCUGCAGGGCUUUGUCAUUCAUUCUUCUGUUUCUGCUGAUUUUUCUCUUCUUGUCCUCAUGGCCUUUGACAGAUAUGUGGCGAUAUGUCGACCUCUGGUGUACCACUCCAUGAUGACGAAACCCAGAGUUUGUGUGUUUCUGUUUUUUGCUUGGUUCAUACCCAUAUAUUUAGUGUUUGUAGGUUCGAUGACUACACUCACAUUGAGGUUAUGUGGUUCACACAUACCAAAGAUCUACUGUAUUAAUUAUUUAGUUGGUCAGCUUGCCUGCUCUUUCUCUGUAGCACAUGUUAUUGUUCCAGCGUUUAACUACAGCUUUUUCUCUUGUCAUUUUAUUUUUGUUAUAUGGUCUUAUAUCUAUCUGGUAAAAACAUGUCGAACAUCUAGGGAGAACAGGAGUAAAUUCAUUCAGACAUGUCUGCCUCAUUUAUUCUGCUUAGUAACUUUUGGUGUGUCUUUGCUUUUUGAUCUGUUGUACAUUCGAUUUGGUUCCAAAUCAUCAUCACAAAGUGCUCAAAACUUUAUGGCAAUCGAAUUUCUCAUCAUACCUCCUAUUCUGAAUCCACUCAUCUAUGGUUUUAAAAUGACACAAAUAAGAAAAAGAAUCAUACAAUUUCUGAUUGGUAAACACAUCUAG